AUGGUCGAGAAGGCGCGCGAGAGUGCUCCCAUUUCCUCAUACACCAGCAACCGGAACAGCGAUGCUCUGCCUGAGCGGACUCUGGUCAAGGGCGCCCACCACAAGCGCAUGCAGUCGUUGCAGACCAGCCCCGUCAAGGACCUGAGGAGCUACCUUGAAAACCGAUCCCCAGAUCGCUCGCCAGAAAGACCGACAUCGCGGAGCUCGUAUAUGCCCGCAUACAGCCGCGUGAACAGUGUCGACCACGUGUCACCCACCCCGAACCGCUCAGACACAUCGACACCACUGGAGCGAGAACCGAGCAAGCAAACGCCCACCCAGCGCCCGACGACGCGACUCCCACCACGAUCGAUUCUGGGCGAGAAUACUCCCCCAUCAGCCACCAUGUUGGCACUUCAGACGAUGCAGCUGCCGGAUCCGCCUCCCUUUGCCGACAUGGUGAACGCGUCCACCACUCCAGGCGGCACGAGAGUGCACACCAACUAUGACUUCUCCAGGCAAUUGCUGAAUCUCACCACCAUCGCCACCAAUCUGCAAAAGGAGAUGUCGCAACUGAGCAGGCGCAGUAAGGAUAAUGCGACUGACUUGCUAACUCUCAAGGAAGCUACGAACUCGCGAGACGAAGACAUUCGCAAAAGCCUGAAGGAGCUGGCACAAUCAGUCUCGGGGCCAGCGGGCCUGUUAGGGCCACCUCCGUUUGCCGCUGCUCGAACCGAGCGUAGUAUGAGCCAUAGCCAAUUCCUGGAUAACAAAGCUUUUACCUCUCCUCCAUCAGUGGCCAAGAACUUUGGCCUGCCACGAGCAGCUAGCGCGCACAGCUUUUUGGAGAUGGAUCGCUGUGAUUCGCCCUCUCCAUACUCAGUCGAAGGAGUUGCCAGCGUUGCCAUGCUCGAGAAGAUCAUUCGCGAGAUGGUCACCAAGGAGGGCCAGGACAGACUGCUCGGUACUCUGUCGGAGCUGUUGGAGAAGAACGGCAAGGAGAACAAGGAAGCCGCGAAGAAGGUGGAAGAGCUAUCCGCUUUUAUUCGCGAGAGGUCGGAGUCACAAGCCUUGGUGCCGAUCGGUAGUACACCACCUAAGCUUGAGUUGAACUUCGAUUCUCCCAAGGCCAAAUCAGGAGCACGUCGCGGAUCGAAUGAUGACGAGGUGAUGAAGAUGCUGCAGCGUUUGAAGGACUCCGUCACACACUCCGGUGGUACUACAUCAGAAACCAAAGGUCUGGUUCGUGAUCUUCGAGGGGAGGUCCUGGGCAUGGGCCGCGAGCUCGGCAGGAAGCUCGACCAGAUCAGCGAGACUCAGUUGACCGGCACGCUGGACAGGUCGAUUAAUGAAAGCAAGGACUCUGAGCACCUCGAGCAAGUGCAGCAGAUUGUGGAAGACGGCCUCGCCGAGCUCAAGCAGAGUCUGACGAGCAUGCUCAAAGAACGUGCCGAACAAGACGACAACACUUUCAAGCAGCUGGCAGUAGCACGUUCUGGGCCGAACAACGAUGACAUGCUUGCAGUAGUACAACACGCUUUGCAUGAACACCACAAGUCCGUCGAGAAGCCCGAAGAAGAGAAUAUCAGCCUGGAUCGUGAUGCAGUGCUGGACGCCGUGAAGGAUGGUUUGAAGGACUUCGAGCCGAAUAUCGAGCUUCAACAAUUUGGUCUGGAGCGCGAUGAGAUCCUGGCUGUCCUCAAGGAAGGCCUGGAAGAGUACCGAAGCAAUCAGCCAGAACCCUCGCCGGCCCAGAUCGACAAGGGCGAUGUGUACGAAGUCAUGCAAGAAGCGCUGAAGAACUUCGAAGCCCCCUAUCCAGCAGAGCAGCUCGAGCGCCUCCGAGAAGACAUUCUUGGCAAUGUACGACAAGCAUUGGAGGAGUUCAGACCGCCUACAGCAGACACAACAAACCAUGAAGUCAUGCAAGCAGCUGUAUUUGAGGCAGUAAAGUCAGGUAUGGAGAACCAUGGACCUGCAGCGCCGCGUGAGAUCGAAAUUAGUCGCGAAGAUCUCUUCGACGCAGUCAAGGCUAGCUUGGACGGCACUACCAUCCCAUUCGGCGACCUUGGUGAGCAAGUCCUGGGUCAAUUGAAGGAGCUCAUCGAGAACAUGCGCGUCGAGUUCAAGCAGUACUCCGCCGCAAAUGGCCGCGACACCGAGCAAGUACUGGACGCCCUCAAGGACGGCCUGGAAUCUUUGCGUGCAGAGAUCGAAACAUACGUCGAUCGCGCCCAGGAUGUGACAGGCAAGGACGAGAUUGUCGACACGGUCAAGCUCGGGCUCGAACAGCUUAGAGAGGACGUCCGCGGCUUCUGCGCAGAAGGUCCCUCCGUCGACAGUGGAAGAGCAGAGAUGCUAGAGUACAUCAAGGCUGAGUUCGAGCACCUUCACGAAGCCGUUCAAAACACUGGUUCAGUCCGAGAUGUGGCAGACUCCAAUGCUGGUCAGACCACCGCGGUUGUCAUCGCUUUGAAAGAAGGAUUUGAUGACCUCAAAGCCCACCUCGAGGCCCGCAACGAGGACAUUACUUCUAAUGAUGAUCUCAACGAGGCGAUGAAGGAUGAAUUUGAACAGCUCAAGGCGGCCAUCCUCAACGCUCACGCUAGCGACAAGAGCGAGCUGGUGGAGUCCAUUCAAGACAGUAUGGGAGCGCUACAUGCCAAGUUCAAUGGCACGGAGCUGAGCACUUCCACCAUGAGCUCCACCGAGGAAGUCAUUCUCACCGUUCGCGAGGAACUUGCUACCUUAAAGGAGUCGAUACACGCCAUGAUCAGUGACAUCGACAGGGACGGCAUCGCACUCUCUGUGAGGCAGACUGUGGAUGAUCUGCGCACUCAGAUGCUGAGCGACCAAAGCGACGCCUCCGCUGAAGCUCUUGCAGCUAUACGCCAAGAGCUCGAGGCACUCAAGGACACUUUGGGAUCCGCUGUGGUUCCUGCUGCUGGAAGUGAGCGGAGCGGCAGUGAACGCAGUCUUGGAGAAGACAGCGAAGAUUUGGAAUCAGUUCGCGCAGGUAUUGACGAGAUCAAGGAGACGCUCGCCAAGCACGGGACUCAGGGUAUCUCCAUUGAGCAGCUGGAGGCUAUUCGGGGAGAAUUUGAGAACCUCCGCAAUUCAAUCGCAAGCAGCGUCGUGCACAGCGGCGACAAGGAGGAGAUUCUUGACGCCGUUCGCCUUGGUCUUGACGAUCUUCGAUCGCAUCUCGAGCGUAAGCUUGACAACCCUGAGACCGUCAUGCAGCACCAUACACAAGUCCUCGACGCACUCAACGAGGGCCUGGAGAGCCUGCGGGGCGACAUUGUCAAGACUCUCGACAAGCCACUGGACCAGACCGUAAACUAUGAGAUUCUUGAUACGCUCAAAGACGGUCUUGCUGGGCUGCGCUCUGAAAUGGACAAAUUGACGUCCCGUGAUGGUCGACCUGUCUCGCCUCAGGGCGGCGAGAUAGUACUCGCAGACGGCACUGCUGUUGGCCGUACACGCGACAUCGGAGCUGAGGAUGCAUCUCCAGCACCUGCCACCGCAGCUGGCAGUGGCAUCAAUCGUGAGGACUUCGAGAAGGUCGAGGUCUUGCUUGCUCAACUGCAGAUCAAGAUCGAGGCUAUGGACCAAACCAUGCAAGAUAUGCCAGCACAUCAAGCGUCGACCAUGCCAGAACAUAUCACAGUCAAGGACGACCUUGCGGCAUUGGAAAGCAUGAUUCGCGAGCUGCAAGAGAGUGUUGUCAGUCUAGCUGCAUCCAAGAGUGAUGAGCCUACUCCUGAAAGCGCUGCUCGCAAGGAGGACACCGACGCCAUCGAGACGCUCUUGCGCAACACCAAGGCCCAAAUUGAGGAACUGGUGCUUCCCGACCCGGAGAAGACCGCAAGUAAAGAGCAUCUUGAAGAAGUGCAAACAGCCGUGCGCAUGGCACAUGAUGCUCUCGACAGCUUGGUUGAAAAGCUAGACACAUCGGUCGCGACGAAGACCGAUGUUGCUGUGGUAGAGGUUCUCGCCACUGAUACCAAAGCUCUCUUGGAAGAGCUCAAAGAGAGGCAUGCCUCUGCUGAAGAGAAGCCAGAGUUCGUCACGAAGGCGGAUCUUGAUGUCCUCGGAGUCAUCUGCACAGAAAUCAAGACCACUGUCAACGAGAUGACCUUGCCAGAUGUCGAGACGAUGCCGACUAAGUCGGACAUUGAGCAGCUUCAAGGUCUCAUCUCUGACUUCCGCGAGAGUCAUGAUAAGAUGCGUGACAGCUACGAGACCGACAUUGCUGUCACCGCCAAGGCCUUCGAUGAUCGCAAGAAGGAGUUUGAUGAUACAGUGGCACAGAUUGAAGAAGUCAAGACUCUGCUCACUGAGGUCAAGGUGGAGCUUAUGGACAAAGUCAGCGAUGGUGAAGUUGGCAUCAAUACUCUAGGCGAGACGCUCAAGGGCAUCGAAGAGCGCUCGAAUAAUGAAGAUGUCAUCGCUGAAGUCAAAGAUGUCAUGGAGAAGCUCAAGGAAGAGUUCGAGCGUGCUCACUCCUCCAUCGAAGCAAUCAAGGUCGACCAUGCAGCUUCAACCGAGAGUUCGUUGGAAAAGCAGUCGGAACACAAGACUGGCAUCGUUACAGAGCUUGGAGAGAAGCUGGAUGGUCUCUUCGAUGGCAUGAUGUCCAAGUACGACGAUGCGCAGACUGCAGCUGAGGAGAAGGCCAAGACCAUGGAAGAGAAGGCUGCUCAGCAGCAGGAGUUGCUCGACAGUACAAAGUCUAUGGCGGAUGACCUGAAGCUGUCAAUCGACACGCUCGGCGCCACUCUAACCGCCUUCAUGGGAGACCUGCCUGCUCAGGUCGAGAAGAUGACUGAGGAGUCCAAGACUGUGUUCGCGCAAGUCGAGAGCACACACAACAAGCUCGAAGAGACAAGUGAGGCGUUGAAAGGCGAACAUACGGCCACUCGCGAUGAAGUCUCACGAGUUCUGGCGGCUGUCGAUGUUGUGCAGACUGACAUGUCUGAGCACCACCCGCGUGUCAUCGUCGCUCUGGAAGAGGUCCGAGCCAUCAUCAAUCAGCACUAUGAGCACUCGAAACAAGCGUCUACCGCUCGAGAGGAGCAGGCGCAAGCCGUCAAAGAUCUUCACGAUGCGCUCAAGGCUGGGUUCGAAGAGUCAAAGACCCAUCAUGCAGACAGCUUCAGGACUCACCAAGAGGAAAUGCAGCGAGCAAUUCCCGGUUUGCUACCACCACCUGUUGAAGCUGCCGCUCCAGUGGAGAAGUACGAUGAUGCUGCUGUUCACGAGAAGCUCGAUAAGCUCAUGGGCCAUGUGCAAGAAGCCUCUGAGCGAUCGACUCAGCUCGAACGUCUCGAACAAAUCCAUGAAAAGGUCAUGGCUACCGCUGCGGAGAUAUCUGCGUUCGUCAUCACGCAGAACAAGCAAAUCGAAGAUGUGCAUGAGAGCAAGGAGAAGGAAGCUGAGGAGAUUGCACUUCUUCUCGAGCGUCGUCUGGAGCGUAAGGACCAGCUCGAGGCUGAUAUCACAGUCCUGAACGAAGAGAAAGAAACUCUCCAUGCCAUGGUGGAGCAGCUCAAGGCGGAGAAGGAGGCACUUGCUGCACAGAAGGCACGCUUGAAUGCGGAUGUCUCCUCGAUGGAGACUGCCUUGCAUAUUCGUCGUGAGGAGCUACACGACAUGGACAUCAAGGCUGCUGCAAUCGAACGCCGUAUGCUGGAAGGGGUGAUGAACCAGUCCCGCAUGUUGCUUUUGGCCAAGACUCCAAAAGCGACCUCGCCACAGAAGAAGAAGCCUCAAGGUCGAGACCUUCGCGUUCCAAGCAGUGCUUCUGCUGUCUCGGCGCAGACCGUGACCUCCACGGUGCCUCCACUUCAAGCGAACCAUGCUUUGGCAAUGAAGACUCGUCCAGGACUCGCACGGAACGGGGCAAUGCCGAACACUGCAGAGCGACGCAUCGUGUCACUGAACCAGAUCAACCACAAUGUGCCGAAUGGAGCGUCUGCUUUCACUUCUGCGAAGCCGCUGAGUGCGCUCAAUAACGUUAAGCGAAGCCAUUCAGUCAAGCAGAACUUCGCCCGUCAGCCAUCUUGGAGCCAUCAGAAGCGCGCGGCUUCGCUUGCGGAAGCGAACAAAGAGAACGAGACUUUGUCUGAGGAGGAUGAAUCUGAGCAUCAAAUGGAGACUCCGAGUGAAGCUGACACUACUCGUCGUCAGAGCUACCUCAGCGGCACCGACUCUUACGCAAAUGGUAGCUACCUUGACGGUGAGCGCGAGGACGUGACGCCAAUGAGCGAGGAUGGAGGUCGCCAGAGCGGAUAUGCAGCCAGCGAUGCGACCUUCGACACUGGCAGCUAUCUGACCGGCUCGUACCUCACUGGCAGCGACAUCGACCAGCGCACCUCUCUCGGAGGCUCUUCUGCCGCCGCAGACCUCGGUGCUGAGCGCGAAGACGAAGACACCCUUUCGAUCUUGCCUCGCUCCGAACUUUCCACUGUUGCCGAGCAAACGGAGCCCACUUCCAGCGUCGGCCGGAUGGACUCAGUGCGAACCGUCGACACCACUGGCACUCUCGAAUCCGAAGUCAGCAGCGUGGCUCCUCUUCAGGCCACUAGCAGUGAAAUCGAAGCCGCUGUACAAGAAGUCAUGCGCGAAGAGCUGGACCGCAAGGAAUUGCAGAGGAUAUACGCUCCCCCGAGCGACAGCGGACUUGGCACGGACUGUCCUACUGCGACUGGAAGUCAUGGUGGUGCGGAGGAGUAUUUCAAGUAAGAGAAGAGGAGAGGACUGUCGUUGCGUCUUCCGUUGGAUGGUGCGUUACUGUGGUAUUGUACGGACUUUUCAUGAUUUGGAUGAAUAAUGGAUGCGUUCGAGCGAGGAAGGGAGAAAGUAAAGCGUUCGUUGUAAAUGGGAGUUUUUUCUAGUAGUCGUUUGCAGAAUUUUGGCUUCCGUUUGAAGG